AUGCAACCUCAGUCAGCACCAAUGCGUGUUGGAGCCGGGAUGGGACCAGUCCGUCCGCCCUUGUUUGGACUCGCAUACGACCAAGCGCACGCGGACGACGACGACGUUGACGACGACGACGACGAACGCAGCGCUUCUGGCUUUCGUGGCUAUGAUGAUGAUGACGGUGAUGAUGAUGAUGAUGACGAUGAGCAGCUCGGUCUGCGAGUCGACGGAGGGAUGGCUGGGCGCGAUCUCGACGAGGACGACGGCGGUGAUGACCUUGAGGACGAGGCUGCGGGUGGACGGUCGACGGAUCCGCGACGCCGCGAGCUGCUCGAGUUUGAGACAGACAUGCUGCGUGACAUGAUCAUGGCAUUCAAGGUGGACGAGAAGCGCGAGCGGGCGCGGGAGAAGCAGGCACAGGCCGACGCGGCGCUGGCUGAAGCAAAACGACGACGCCACGAAGCGUGGCUGGAAACGCACCCAACACCUGGGAGCGCGCCGGAAAAGGCAUCAGGAGCAUUCGAGGUGCCAUUGCAAGCUACUGCGCAAGCGGGAGGGUCGUCCCGGCAGGACUCGACGACGCGCACGGUGCGAACUGCCCCGUUCGUCCUGAAUUCGCACCAGGCAUUCAACGCAAUGCCUACGCCGUGGUCGGACCGCGCCAAAGUUGCUGACGUUGCAGGGAAUGGUCAGAGCGGUCAGAGUGCAAGCCGGAUGGAUGUGAAUGCUGGCGAAAGUAUUAGCGAGGCGGAUUUGCUUGAAGAAGUUGUGCGCAACCAUGCUCAGGCGACCAAAGAACAACAACAGAAAUUCUACGACGACAGCUACUUUGAUUCGGAUGAGGAAGAGCUGGAAGUCGACCCGCAUGCUUCCACCAACAAUAGCAACAACAAUAAGCCACAAUCACGGCGGCGGCGAGUAGCGCAGCCGACAAACGAGGAUUUGAUGUAUGAUCCCGUUGUGGACGAUGAGGACGAUCGGUGGAUGCAGCAGCAGCGGCAGUUUUACCGCAACGGCAUCGAUCCAUUCAAAACCUCCACCGAAGCAAAAGCCUCAGAGCCGCCCAAUUCGGCAAACUCGCAACAAGCAGCCCAACCAUCGAAGGCUCGUAUCGAAAGCGACGCCAUCCUAUCGUGUCCAUUUUGCUGGACCACUGUGUGCAUCGAUUGCCAGCAGCACACGCAAUACAACAACCAAUUCCGCGCAGUGUUUGCGCUCAACUGCACGAUUGCGCGCGCCGAGCAAUUACAACCCGGUGCUCAACCAAGUUCCAGCAGCAGUAGCAAGAGCAGCAAUCGUAACACGCGCAAAAAUCGCAAGCUCUCUCGCGGCCAAAACGACGCCGCCGCCGACACUGGACCGCUACAUCCUGUGCGCUGCACCGAAUGCAACACCGAGCUCGGCGUCAUUGACGGCGACGAAGUCUACCACUUUUUCAACGUCCUAGCCAGUGCCUCGUAG